GACUCGGACCGAUGGGAAGUGCGGAAGUCGGCGGUGCAGGCCAUCCUUGCCCUGGUCCCCGUGAAGAUCCACGCCUUCCUUCCGAGCUUAGUCUCGGUGGUCGGUGUGCAAAGCGACCAAAUCUGGGCACAGCAGAGCGAUGUGAUCAACUCGAUGGUCUGGCAGUGCUGCUCUCCACAGGAUGUGCCUUCUAGGAGGAUACCUCGACUAGUACAGUAUUUUGCAGAAUGCUUUUAUAAGAAGAGCCUGAGUGGCAAGUAG